AAAUCGGUCGUCUGCUUCAAUUCUUUCCUUCUUCCCGCAGAUCCUAUGGAAUCUCAACCCCCAAAACGAAUUUCGCCUUUGAUUUCGUCUUCUUAGAUUCCUCCCCUUCGAUCUCACUUCAAAAAAUCUUCACUUCCGCCUCCUCCUCUAUUCCCAUUCAUAAAUAAAUCCUUAUCGUGUUUAUGUUUGCUAUGCGUCAUCAUCUUUAUCGAGUUUCUGAUCAAUUUCUUUAAGAAAUAUUGUAUUUUAGUUUAGGUUCUAGGAACCAGUUUCUUCUUUCUCACAGAUGGUGUAGGUUCUAGGGUUUUUAUCGAUUCAUUGUUUUGUUGACAAAUUCCUUGUUGCUGGGGGUUCUUAAGUUUCUGGCAUUGAUAGACAUCAUCGACUUGUAUUGCUUUCUCACAAAUCUUCAUAUCAAAAUUUGCUGUAGAUUUUGGUGUGGAGAUUUUGUAUUUCGCGAGUUUGUGUUUGAUGGAUCUGAGUGCAUUUUGGAGAUCUUAGCUUUUCCGGCGGUGAAUUUCUGUCAAGGGGUUGGACAGAAAGUUAAUUAGUCGAAUCCGCUAACGGUUUGGUUUUUUGGGAUUUCCUCAUGGAUCAUGUGAUUGGUGGGAAGUUUAAGCUUGGGAGAAAGAUUGGUAGUGGAUCUUUCGGAGAGCUUUAUUUGGGAGUAAAUGUUCAAAGUGGAGAAGAAGUUGCUGUCAAGCUGGAAUCUGUCAAGACCAAGCACCCACAGCUUCACUAUGAGGCCAAAUUGUACAUGCUUCUUCAAGGAGGAACUGGCGUUCCCCACCUCAAAUGGAUCGGAGUUGAAGGCGAAUACAAUGCUAUGGUUAUUGAUCUUCUUGGACCAAGUUUAGAAGACUUAUUCAAUUAUUGUAAUCGGAAAUUCACGUUGAAAACAGUUUUAAUGCUUGCAGAUCAGUUGAUAAACAGAGUUGAAUAUAUGCAUUCAAGAGGUUUCCUUCACCGUGAUAUAAAGCCAGACAACUUUUUGAUGGGUCUAGGACGAAAGGCAAAUCAGGUUUACAUUAUAGAUUAUGGUCUUGCAAAAAAGUAUAGGGAUCUCCAAACGCACAAGCAUAUACCAUACAGGGAAAACAAAAAUCUCACUGGUACUGCUCGUUAUGCCAGUGUUAAUACCCACCUUGGAGUUGAGCAAAGCAGGAGGGAUGAUCUGGAGUCUCUUGGUUAUGUGCUAAUGUAUUUCUUGAGAGGAAGCCUUCCUUGGCAGGGGCUGAAAGCUGGCACUAAGAAGCAGAAAUAUGAUAAAAUUAGUGAAAAGAAGAGGCUUACACCUAUAGAGGUGCUUUGCAAGUCUUAUCCGACUGAGUUCAUAUCGUAUUUUCAUUAUUGUCGAUCAUUACGCUUUGACGACAAGCCAGAUUAUUCAUACUUGAAAAGGCUUUUUCGCGAUCUUUUCAUUCGAGAAGGUUAUCAGUUCGACUAUGUAUUUGACUGGACUAUUUUGAAGUAUCCUCAAAUUGGUUCAGGUUCCAGUUCCAGAGGACGGACGGUUGGGAAAUUACCACUGAACCCGGGACCUUCGGCAGAAAGAGUGGAAAAAACCCCAGUGAGACCAGAGGUUCGGGAUAGACUCUCAGGCGCAGUCGAGGCAUUUGCUAGGCGAAAUGGUUCUGGUAGUGGCUUGCAUGGUGAACACUCAAGACACAGAUCUUCAGAACGUGCAACAUCCUCCAAAGAAGUGCACGGUGACUCAGAUAGAGGUCGCAUCUCACGAACCGGUAGUACUUCAAAAAGAGCAAUUGUGUCAAGCAGCAGACCAAGCUCCUCCGGUGAACCGAGCGAGAGCCGAUCAAACCGACUAGGUUCAGGCAGCGGUCGCAUAUCCACCAACCAAAGGAUUCAUUCUCAACCUGGAUUUGAAUCCAAGUCAUCAUCUUUCUCACGUGCUGUACCCUCAUCAAGAGGGGGCCGUGAUGAUGCUCUUCGAAGCUUUGAACUGUUAACUAUCGGCAACACCAAGAGGAAAUAAGAAGAGGUUUAUUUCCCUAACACAUGGAUGUGUGGGACCCAUCUGAAUAACCAUUUCUUUAAAUCCAUUUACAGCCAAACCAAACCAAACCUGAAAGAUUCAUCCUUCAUCUUGUAUAACCUUGAAGAAAGAGAGAUUGUUUCUCACUUUAGGGUGGAUGUUCAUAUGUUGUCAUGUCAAGUGCCUAAUUGGUGAAUGUUUAUGUUGAAGAAUCAUUGAAAUUGUCUUUUGUG